AAUGACGAUUCAUAGAAUGUCAUUCAAUAGUUCAUACAUGUAUCUAGUUUUGCACUUCAUAUCUAAUGAAAAAUGAAUGCAAAAUCUAACAUUAGGGUUGAAAAUACUUGGAGUUCAGAAUAUAAUGUACCCAUUGGGGAAUUUUAACUACCUGGGAGGAUGGUGGUCUAUAAAAUUUCUUGUUCUGUAGACGGAAGUUUUCUAAAUGAUUCAAAAAAGGUGGUGAGUUAGACAAUUGAUAGCUUCUCGUUCUCCUACAUUGUUUGGAGAAAUGGAAAGGCAGUAAUGAAGCUUGUACAUUAGUAUUCUAGGAAGUGGAGUUGGGAGUGGAGACCAAAUUGGAGAAAGAGAGAAGCCACCUGGUUAAUACAUCCUGCUAAGCUAUAAUUUAUUGUGAAAAUAGUUGAUUAAGCCAUAAUGGAUGUACACGUUUCAUCAUGCCAUAACCUGUGGCUUAUUAGAUAUAUAAUGGCUGGUUUUAUCUAGCCAGUAGAACUAGCUUCUGAAUAAACUUCCAUCUAGUUAUGCUGUAAAUUCCCUGAAGGCAGAGAUGAGUAAAAUGAAAGCCCAGGGCUUGUAGACUUUUAUUCCUUUUUGGCAACCCUUUGCAUCCCUCUGAUUAUAGUUGCUGAAAAUCAAGAACACCCAUUGCACCAUAUUCAGAUUUGUGUGAGAUGGCCAUUCCCAUUUUACUUUCCUAUAAAAUGUCACGUCAAUUUUCCCUAGAUCUAAGAUUUGGCUGUGUAUGCUUUCCCCUUUUAAACAAGGGCAACUUGCUGUCUUUCUAAUGCCAAAUCAGCAACUACUUUAAAACUUGGCUAUCGUUGGUUCAAACUAGAGUUGCGAGAUCUGACUAUCACUAUCUGAUCAAUAGUGGGUCCACGGAUGCAUUGCAGGAACUGAACUUGUUUUUUGUCCUAACGAUAACUUUACUAAUGUUCAUUAAAAACACCUCUUCAAAAUGAAACUUAAAGCGUCGCAAGAGAAUAACUGUACUUUCUAUAUAUUUUGUAAUUAAACAUCCAUUUUAAUAUUUUUAGGAUAAAAAUCCAUUCGCAGAAUUCACACUGGCUUGUUUAAAAAAAAAAAACUGCGGUAAAGCAACCCUAACAACUAGAAGUCUCGAAGGCGAAAGCUCAUUUCACUCAAACCGCUUCCUUUUGGCAAUUAAUCCCGAUCCGGUCCUCAAAGGACAACCUCAAUUACAGCCGGGAAGGUGUAGACUUCAGUAAUAUCUAUUAAAGGAGGAUGUUGGGAAUUGUAGUCUUUGGAAGCACGUGGAAACUAAGAGAACUGUGGAGAGAAACUACAGUCCCAGGAAGCUUUGGGCAGACCUGGAAAAGGCAGCCACUUCCUGAAAAUCCGGGAGAUCGAAGAUGGAUUCGGUGUUUGCAAUUGUGUGCAUUGUGCGUGGGAAGCAGUAAUUGGGAUUGAAGAAAGUUAGAUACGGUGUACAAAACAAAGAUUCCAAGGUAGUCAUUGACUUACAGCUUGGCGAUUGUUUGAAGUUACGACAGACCAUCCAAAGGAACCUUUUUCACCUAUUGCAAUGGGCUGCCGGGACGUUCAUGCUGCGACGGUCCUAGCCUUCCUCUCUGGAACAGCUGCUUUAUCAGGACUCAUUGCAGCGGCACUGCUUCCAAACUGGAGACAAAUGCGACUCUACACCUUUAACAAAAAUGAAAAGAACGUGACGGUUUACACUGGGCUGUGGAUUAAGUGUGUUCGCUUUGAUGGGAGCAAAGACUGUGUCAUUUAUGACACUGAAUGGUACAUAGCAGUCGAUCAGCUAGAUUUGCGUGUCCUCCAGUUGGCUCUUCCCAUUAGCAUGUUGACCACCGUCUUGGCCCUUUUUCUCUGUUUAAUUGGCAUGUGUAACACCGCCUUUGUAUCCACAGUGCCCAACAUCAAGCAGGUCAGGUGCCUCAUCAAUAGUGCAGGCUGCCAUCUUGUGGCCGGCCUUUUCUUUCUUCUUGCUUGUGUCACUUGCCUGAUACCGUCAGUUUGGGUUAUCUUCCAUAAUAGAGAGUUGAAUCAGAAAUAUGAGCCUGUUUUCACCUUUGACAUUUCUGUUUAUAUUGCUAUUGCCAGUGCAGGUGGCUUAUUAUUUACAGCUAUUCUUUUAUGCCUCUGGUACUGUGCAUGCAAGACUCUACCUUCCCCUUUCUGGCAGCCUCUAUAUUCGCAUGCCCCUAGUGUGCACAGCUAUGCCUCCCAGCCAUAUUCUGCGCGAUCACGGCACUCUGCCAUUGAAAUUGACAUCCCUGUGGUUACACGUACUUCUUAAAAGAAUGGGUCAAGAAAGCCAAACAUUCCUUUAUGUAUUCUCCCCUUAUGCUACCCUGUUUUCCCCAAAAUAAGACAUCCCCUGAUCCCCUAAGCUCAAUCGGGCUUCUGAGCGCAUGGCAAUAAGGCCAAGCGCUUAUUUCAGGUUUCAAAAAAAUAUAAGACAGGGUCUUAUUUUCGGGGAAACACAGUAGCAUUUACAAGUUAAGUGCUUUCCCACAGCUUAGCAACUUCUGCAACUAUAGCAAGGGUGUGUGUAGUUUGGUGACUUUUACUUUCAUUACCUAGAUUGAUAAGAAAUGGGAAUGAGCAGGCUGAAAUACUAGAAGUGACUGCAAAUUUUUAAGGACCUCUGAAACCAGCAGUUUUUGUAAGUUUAUAGAAAAUAACAAACUUUAGUAGGAUCAUCUUACUUUUACAGAACUCAAGCUUCUUCCAUAAAAUAUAGUACUGAAUAAUGCUGUCAUGCUGUUCGUCUUCCAGUAUGUGAACAGUUAAGUACAGAUAGUGCUCAACUUACAACUGUUUGUUUUACAAUGGUUCAAAGUUACAAUGGCCAGAAAAAAUAAUUUACAACCUGCACUUAAUGUCUGGGACACCAUACCUCUGGUCAUGUGAUCACAAUUUGGUGCUUGGCUAUUGGUUUGCAUUUACGACUGGCUGCUGCAUCCUGCAGGUACAUGAGCACAAUUUACUAUCUUCCCAGCUGAUUUAAAUUAUGUCCACUGGGCAUGGUGGAUCUGCUUAAUGAUCACAUGAAUUACUUAACUGUGGUUAUUCAUUUAACAAUUGUAAAAAUGGUUGUAAAAUCCAGUCCAUUUUAUAACUGCAAUAACUUACAAAGGAAAUUCUGGUCACAAUUAUGGUCAUACGUCAAGGACUUCUUAUUCUUUUUACCAGACUACAGAUAGUCCUCUAUUGAUAACCAUUCAUUUAAUGACUGAAGUCUGCAGAAAGUGACUUAUGACCGAUUUUCACACAACCAUUGCAGCAUCUCCAUGAUUCAUGAUUUGGAUGUUUGUCAACUGGUAUGUAUUUACAAAGGUUGAAGAGUCCCAGGGUCAUAUAAUCAGCUUUUGCAAACAUCUGACAAAGUCAGUGGGGAAGCCAGAUUUAGUUAACAACUGUGUUUCUUAACUGCACAAUUCACUUAACAACUGGCAAGAAAGAUAAUAAAUUGGUGCAAAAUUCAUUUAACUUAGCAACAGAAACUUUGGGCUCAAUUGUCAUGUCAAGGACCUACUGUAGUAUCUCUCUAAUUUGAAACAUUUGUAUUUUAAAUCUUUUCUUCACUGAUAGUCAUUUCUUAUUUUUACAAAUAAUAAACUGAUUUUGUCUGAAGCUGAACAGUACAGGUAGUCCUUGACUUACAACAGUUCGUUCAGUGACCCUUCAAAGUUACAAUGGCAAUGAAAAAAGUGACUUAUGACCAUUUUUCACACUUAAGACCUUUGCAGCAUCCCCAUGAUCAUGUGAUCAGAUUUCAAAUGCUUGGCAACUGUUUCAUACAUAUGACCGUUGCUGCAUCCUAAGGCCAUGUGAUCAGCUUUUGUGAAUUUCUCAGAAGCAAAGCCAAUGAGGAAGCCAGAUUCACUUAACUAACUUAUCAACUGAAGUGAUUCACUUAACAACCGUGGCAAAAAAGGUCAUAAAAUGAGGCAAAACUCACUUAAAUGUCUUACUUAACAACAUACAUUUUGGGCUUAAUUGUGGUUGUAACCUGAGGACUACCUGUAAUCGUUUGACAUUCAGUAUGCAAAGUAAUAGUUUAUGUACACUUUCAAUCCUGUGCCUAUUGUGUUUCAUUAGGCACAUACAAAAUAUAUUUGUCAACAUUUUUUAAUGUUUGUUAACUUUGUUCCUAUGAAGAUUGCCAUUUCUAAAGAAGCAUAAUGCUAAUUAGCAGGAGUAAAAUUACAUUGCCUAAGAAAUAUUUUGUUUUGUUAAAAAAAAUGUUAAAACUUUUUUUUUUCAACAAAGAAAAUUAUGUAAAAGUUUUUUAGACAGAACAUGUGAGUAAUGUAACAUCAAUAUCAGACUAGUCUCAGGAUUGAUUAUGGAGGCAAAGUCAAAAGUGUUGAUCAGAUGGACUGCUAUUGCCUAAGGGCUUAUGCUACCAUGAUAUAUAUCCUUUUAUUAUCAAAUAUUUUUAUAACUAAUGUGAAUUUUUUCUUUAUACUUAAAAUAAUAAGUAUUCUAAAUAUUUGUUAACAUAGAAGAAAAUCUUCCUAUUCUAUUGAAAAAUGCCUUUCUGAUUUUAGAUUUUUUUUUUUAAAGUAGAGAAUUAAAUUUAUGGGCUACUUUUUAUAAGUGGUUUCCUGAAAGCCAUGUUCCAAAUAAAUUAUACUGAUAUAGAAUAUUUUUAUAUAAUAUUACAGUUUUGAAGAUGAGAUUAUCAUUAAAAACGCUGUAUUGUUACAUGCAUAUUGGCUUGGUUGUAGAUCCCACUUUGUUUUCUUAUGCAGGAGACUAUGCUUUCAGAAAGAUUGUUUUUUUCCCAUUUUGUGGUAUUUACUGCUUUCUAAGUAGUACCAGAAGCAGAUAUGAACUUUAAAGUAUGCUAUUUGAUCUCUUUUUUAAGCCAAUAAGAAUUUACAAAAGCUUUUAAACAUAUUCUGGAAAUUGAAUUAAAUCUAGUAUCUUUCUUAUUGGCUUCUAAGUAUAUUACUUUUUAAUUUACUUUAAACAGUAAAAGUAGCAAAAAAUAAUUUUAAAAAGCAAAGUUUUGUUUAUGAGCUCUAUUUCUUUAGGUAAAUUAUUGAAAAUUGUUCUGCAUUAAUGUUUAUUUUGCAUUUACCAUUCCAAUUAUAUGCACAUUAACCUGAGUCAUUGGCCUUUUAACUGUUUUGAAUCAGGAAUUUCUCAGAAAUGUUGGGUAUGUAACACUCUUAACAGUGAUAUUUGCACUGUUACAACUAAAAAUAGAAUGUUAGAAAGGAUUUAUAUUUGCACUUAACUGAAAUUCAUAAAUGAGAAAUGAGUACAAUUUCCUUCAAAUAGCUGCAGUUAAUAGAGAAUUACACAAAAAAAACAGCUUCAAAGUGCAGGGCACGUUUUAAGUUAUGUGUUCUGUUAAUGACAAACAUAUAACAAUGCUUUUUGUUCAGUUCUCCCAUUCAGGUAUAAUGUUUCUAUUGUCUUUUGGACAAUUUGGAAAUCUUACAGAAAUACAAUAACUGCAUUCUGAUCAUUUCCUCUUUUUCUGCUUCAAGUCUCAUUUUACCAAUGAGUAGGACUACGAGUGAGAAGCCUCAGAUUAGUCUUAGAAGCUUGAUGGGUGAUUUUGAGCUAGUGACUCUUUUCUCAGGCAACCUACCUCACAGAGUUGUUUUUGCAGGAAAAAUGAAAGGACGUCCUAUGAAUAAUGCUUUAAGCUCCUUGUAUAAAAAAACAAAGGAGGUAUGAAAACAAUUAGCAUACAAUAUAUCAGUUACAUCAUGCAAUAUAAAUGAUGGGGCUAAUGUACUUGGCUUAAAGGCUCUGUUUUACCCUUUGUUAAGGAUAUUGUGUAGUAGUUAAGGUAUCAAGGAGACCAGGAGACAGUGAGUUCUAGUCCCAUCUUAAGCACAAAGCCAGCUGGGCUUUUCAGCCUUAGGAAGGAGGCAAUGGCAAGCCAUUUCUGAAAUCUUGAAAAUUGCAGGGACUUGUCCAGGCAGUUUCUGAUAAUCGGACACAAUUGAAUGUACACACACACACACACACACACUCACUAUAUUGAUCGAGGUGGCAUGGAUAUAGCCACAUAGUCAGUGGAACUGUUUUCCAAAAUAAAUACUCCAUUAUGUACUCUGUACUCUUGUUAGCUCAAGUUCUCUGAAAGAAAGUAUGUCAGGGUGAUCCUUUGGGAGCUGGGUGAGUUUCAUUGAGAUGGUGGAGAAUACACUUUUUAUUAUGGCUGGUGCUUUUAAUAUACGAAGAGGAUGGCUUGGAGAAUGCUUUCAAGGAUUGCUGUAUUUUAGUUUGGUCAUUACUCCAUAGGUAGCUGUUUUAUAUGAAAGCCAUUUUUAUGGAUUUUAACUCAACGUAUUGGGAUUCUUCAAAUACUAACUUACUUUUCUGGGGAUAGCUUUUCAUGGCCAGUUAUCUGUUUAAUAGUAUUGAGCUUCAGGAUUUAGUGAUUGGUUUAGGGAACAGAUUUCCUGACAUUUUGCAGCAAUUCUACCUAGCAUCUUCAGAGACAAAGUUGUCUGCCACAUGGACCGCAGGCAACUGUACAGGAGCUGACUGCUCCUGUUUUUAUAGCCAUACUGUUAAUAAAGUUAUAUAAAACUAUAUAAUUUUGUAAUCUUUAUAUGUGUCCUGACUGACUAUAAAGUCAAGAACCCGGUCAAAUCUUGCUCAGUUACCUAUGGUCUACAUCACUAAAUCUGAAGCUCAAUACUGCCCAUCUUGCUUUUCUGUUUUAAGAGUACAAGGCCUCUAAGCAAAAUGAGAAAGUUACCAUCAGUGCCAGCAUGUUAAGUGGCACCAGAGUAAUAGCUCUGUGCCCUCUGCCUCAUCCUCCAGUUAACCACCUUAAUAUGGGUAGACAAUAUCCCUCACUGAUGCUGAAGAAAAAAUUGAACUGCUUGUCUAGUUGGAUUUUGUAUAUUUUCUUAAUGAAAUAUUUAUUAUAAAUGGACUUUUUGACAGUGCUGACUGCUUGUGCAUGCAGAAACUAUUAAACUGUGACUUGGAUAUAACAUUAAUCUGUUUCUUUUGAAUUUUAUCUUGUCUGGCAUGAUUUAAAUAGAGUAAUUUUUCAAAUACAAAAUUUUGGAUGUGAAUCCCACCACUCAUUUUAGAAUAAAAAUUAUCUUUGUGUUGCAUGGAAAUGUAUUUAAUCAGAGUUGCCUACUGUGAAGAAAUCUGGUUUUGACAUUUAAUAAUAUCUUAUACUAUAGUAUAUGUUUUUAUGUAAAGUGUGUAUUUUUAAUUAAAAAAAUAAAACAUUAUUUUGCAAAGGAUGACAA